UUAUAUAUUAUAUAUAUGAAAGAGUUUCUUAUGACCGAUAUUGAAUUCUUGUUGCUAUGUAGGAAUUCUAUUGUAUGAGAUGCUUUAUGGAUAUACGCCAUUCAAAGGGAAAAUGAGGCAGAAGACCUUUGCAAACAUUCUUCACAAGGAUUUAAAGUUUCCAAGAAGUACAGAGGUUAGUCUCCAAGGGAAGCAGUUAAUGUAUCGAUUGCUACACAGAGAUCCCAAAAACAGACUAGGAUCACGAGAAGGUGCUAACGAAGUUAAGCAGCAUCCCUUCUUCCGUGGUAUCAAUUGGGCUCUUGUUCGUUGCAUGAGCCCUCCCACGAUCGACGCUCCCAUUCCCGAGGAGAAAGAAAUGAGUGUAGAUCCUGGACUAGAUGAUUUGCAAACGCUCCCAUUAUCGAUUUUGGGGUUCUGGGCAGUGCGGUGAGGGAGAUGUUGAUUCUCUCGGCUAUUUUCCAAUUCUCUCGACUUGCAUCAUCAUUUUUUUAUAGUGGUUUUCAAUAAUUAU